AACAGUGCAAAGAGGCAGAAGAAGCGCAAGCAGGAUUCGUGUUGUCAGUCAUCAUUUUCUCGAUGAGGAGGCGGCUGAUCGCUCUUCUUAAAACACGGGGUAGAAACGUUCUCGCGGCCCAAAAAGACGCAGACGUCCUUCUCGCACCUGGCCGUGCUGAUUCAGCUGAGGCGAUGUGCAGUCCUAAGUCUGAAAGCUUUAGAGAGGACGCCUCUAUGGAACAUAUCUACUGUAGAGGUGCACUCACUGAGCUGCUUAAAUAUGGGCCCAAGGACCUUCAUGCUGCUGCCAAAACCUUUAAUCCACCCAGAGUGCUCAUUCUCAUCAUUCCAGGCAACCCAGGAGUAGUUGGAUUUUAUAAAACUUUUAUGUGGACGCUGUAUCAGGCAUUUAAUCGACAAUACCCAGUAUGGACUAUCGGUCAUGCUGGGCAUUGUGCACCUCCAGACUCAAUGGACAUGGUCGAAGAUGCAUCAGUGAUGGAGGAGGAUGUGUUUGGCCUGAAUGGUCAGAUUGAGCACAAACUGGCCUUCCUCUCAGAGCAUGUUCCCCGAGACACACACCUGGUCCUGGUUGGUCAUUCUAUUGGCUGCUACAUCAUCCUGCAGAUUAUGAAGAGAAACCCAGAGUUAAAGGUGAUCAAGUCUGUGCUGUUGUUUCCAGUGAUCGAGCGCAUGGCCUGUAGUCCUCAGGGCCAGGUCAUGACCCCGGUGCUUUGUAGGCUGCGCUAUGCUGUCUACCUGCCAGUUUUCCUGCUGUCAUUGCUGCCCGAGAAACUGAAGGCUGGCCUGGUUCAGCUGGCCCUGAGGAAUGUGUACUCCCUGGACACCACUAUGAUCCCAGCCACUGUCAGCUUGAUCAAUGUAGACUGUAUCGGUAACGCUAUGUACAUGGGAAGUCAAGAAAUGAGCCUGGUUCUAGAACGAGAUAACUCAACCAUCCGCCAGCACCUCAACAAGCUUAUUUUUUACUAUGGCGCUACAGACCACUGGUGUCCUGUGCAGUAUUACUGUGAUAUGCGAAGAGACUUUCCAGAAGGAGACAUCCGUCUGUGUGAGAGAGGCCUCCGCCAUGCUUUUGUCCUGGAUGCCGGGGAAGAGAUGGCCAACAUGACCACAGAGUGGAUCCGUGAUGACCUCAGGAGACUAAAGCAAUAAAAGGGCCAACAUUAGGGAUUACACUGACCUACACCGGCUCUACGUUCCAGUUUACAGGAACCUUUACCAGAUACACCUUAUUAAGAGCUUUUUGAAGGCCUUUAUGUGGGCACUGUAAUCUAUUUGUUGGAACACUGGAAAACAUUUUAUUUUGAUACAUGACAAGCAAUCAACAGCCACUUAUUCUGUUAUUUUAUGCCAUUACAGUAUUGUAAGCUGAGCCUUUGACUUGGCAGAAGAUUGCAAUUAUGACCAAAAGCCGGACCAUUGUUGGACGUGUUUAUGUAAAAGCCACAAUCAGGGAGUUAUAAAACCGUUUCAGUUUGCAUCAAAUGCAUCAUAAAUUCCUACCGAUUCUCAGAAGAAAAACUACCAAAUACAGCUACUCUCUCUUCCAAACAUCAGAGCUAAGGACCCUGUUAUUUUUGUACUUAUACAAGAAUAAUUAAAGAGUUUAUAGUUUUUAAAUGUGGCUCUUAUGUCACUGCCUGAUUUUUUGGAUAACUUACUGGUGAGCUUUAGCAUGGAACAAGCUCUUUAAACUCUUUCAAACAAUUUCAGUGGCUGGGCUGUCACUUCACUGUUAUACAACCCCUAAUUUUGUCUUUAAAGUGGAAUUCCACAGAUUAAAAAAAAAAAUCUGCUGUUGUAGACCAAACUACGUAUCUCAAAGCUAUCACAAAAAUUCAGGUGAUGUAUUCAGGUUUCAUAUCACUGUUGUUGGAACAAAACUACUUUUUGUAUUUACUUUCAAUGUAAUUCAAUGGAGGCAGACUUUUUUCAAUGUGAUUUUGGACUCUUUCUUUUUGUCCAUUCAUCAUGAAAUUUACUCACUAAGUUAAGGGCAACAGGGACUUUCAAAUUAUGUCAAAAACUGAAAAAUGGAGAUACAAGCUUUUUUUUCGACAGCAGCGAUAUAAAACCAUUCUGUGAUGUAGCUUUUAGGUGCAUUCAUGGCUUCAGACAUAUGAUCCCUGACACCUCUGUGAACAAUUGCAUUUUCUCUAAUUGCAGCAUUUUACAUCAAAACCACUCUGAAUGACUUUGUUUUUAUCUUUAAUAUUUAAUUAUGCUGAUUUUUUUUUAAAGGCAGCCAUGUUUUUGCACCUUUCUGAUGUUUCAAGAUCAAACUUUCACUCAACUAAAAAACUGAUCAAUGGAUAGAAAAAGGGCCUAAAAAGUUUUCCUAGUCAAUAAUGGCCAUUACAAUAAACCAUAAAAUACCGUUCGGCUGUAUGGAUUUAUUAAUAUGUGUACAUUCAUGUAGAUGUUGUUAUUAAUGUGUAAUUUAUAAUAAUUAAAUCAGUAUUCAAAUAUA